UAAGAUCACAAGUAAAUCGGGGCGUCGCGGUUUGAUAAGUUCAGACCUAAAUGUCGUGCCAGACGUGUGAUUUUUAUAAUGCUAAUUAGCUUGUUUAAUUUGAUAAUAAACAAUAAAGCUAAAUAAACAUCCUACAAAUCUCACUCGUGAUAAAAGCAGCGUUUAAAUUGUUCAAACGACAGCCAUUUUGAUCAGUUCGCCGCGCGCUGGACGACUGACAGAUUGAUUUCAUUCUAAAUUUUAAAUCUAACAAAUAUUUUUCUAUUAGUCAACGUUGACUACGAUUUUUGUUUCUUUUAUCUUCUGCAUAAUUUAGCAACAACCACGCGGUUGUUGCUUAAAAGUUUGUUAAAGCUUUGAGAAUUUCGCUACUAAAGGUACAGACAGGAGCGGGCUCGUCCGGCGCGUGUAGCGGUGCCGGGCGACACGCGACGCGCUGCUGGCGCCGUGCGCUCAACGUUGACCCGCCCUGGCUGCGGCGCACGCCGCCCCGCUGACGUCACACGCACAACUGACACCCGUGGAGUAGCGCUACCGGGUCACCGACGCACAGUGCCAAGUGUCCGGGCGUAACCGAGCAAACGAAAGGUUGACUCCGCCGUUGCCCGCAUCGAGAGAUAAAGUAGAACCGAAUGAAACCCGGCGCCAUGCGUCUGGCCGACGAGGAGCGCGUGUGUGUGAUGGAGGGGGAAUGGAGCCCCACGGGAGUCAUCAGACAGGUGGUGGAGGAAGGACAGGAGGACCCCUUCUACGUCAUGGACCUCGGGGAAAUAGUGCGUCGCUACCAGCACUGGAAGGCUAUGAUGCCGCGCGUCGAGCCCUUCUACGCCGUGAAAUGCAAUGACGAUAAGCUGCUGGUGCGGACGUUGGCCGCGCUCGGGACGGGCUUCGACUGCGCUUCCAAGGCGGAAAUACAACUCGUCAUGGACAUGGGCAUUAAGGCCGAGCGCAUAAUAUUCGCGAAUCCCGCGAAGAUGGCGUCCCACAUCCGCUACGCCACGGCCCGAGGAGUCACCACCAUGACUUUCGACUCGGAGGCGGAGCUGCACAAAAUCAAGCAGAUCUCGCCCGACGCCCGGCUGGUGAUCCGCAUCCGUUGCGACGCUGCGGCGGCCCAGUGUCCUCUGGGCAUCAAGUUCGGCUGCGAGCCUCUCGCGGAGGCCCCUCGUCUGCUCAAACUCGCCGCCGUCCUGAAGCUCAACGUGGCGGGCGUCGCCUUCCACGUGGGUUCCGGCGCCGGCGAGAGCGCCGUCUACGCUCGCGGGAUAAAGAUGGCGCGCAUGCUCUUCGACCUGGGAGACACGCUCGGCCUCGACAUGCGAGUGGUCGACAUCGGCGGAGGCUUCGCCGGCGACGCCGACUCCGAUCUGCGAGACGUGGCCCGAGUGGUGAACGCGGCGAUCGAGGCGAACUUCGGCGAGCGCGAGGUGCGCGUGAUCGCCGAGCCGGGCCGAUACUUCGCGGCCGCCGCGUACACGCUCGCGACCAUGGUGCACGCCACCAGGCAGCUGACGAACGCGUCGUCCGAGUCCCACACGAUGUACUUCAUAAACGACGGCGUCUACGGCUCCUUCAACUGCGUGCUCUACGACCAUCAGACCGUAGUCGCCGAACCGCUGGACCCCUGUGACUCCCGGCCCGAAGCCUGCUCCGUGUGGGGUCCGACCUGUGACGGCUUGGAUUGCGUGAUAGCCUCCUGCCGCCUCCCCGCUUUGCGCACGGGACAGUGGCUGGUCUUCAAGGACAUGGGCGCCUAUACGCUCCCCGUGGCCUCCGCUUUCAACGGGUUCCCCGUGCCUAAAGUCAAGACGAUUGUCGAUAAACGACUUUGGGCCGUUCUAAAAGAGCUGUGGCCGUUGAACGAGGCCGACGUGACGGUGGACAUCUGUCCCCUCGGCCCCCAGAGCCCCGAGUCUUUGACCCCACGCUCGGAAACCCCUUCCCCCACUCUGGAGAGCCCCCAUCACACCGUGUUCGUGGAGUGCGCGCUCAAGUAGUGAACCCCGGAACUCGUUGCACGUUUUAGCACUUGGUCAUUUUAUUUAUAUUCAAUUUAAGUGGGUUUUAUAUUCAGUGUGUCGAAAGCAUCCCCAAACGACCGUCGCGCGACUAUCAUUUUGUAACAAUUCAUAUUUUCGUAUUUUAAGAGUCUCCGGCGUAUAUUCUUUAUUGAGGUGAUCGGUAUAUUUGCGUGUAACGCGUCGUUUUAAUUAAAUGUAGUGCAAUAAUGUUUUACGUAUCGCUUUAACUAACGAGCACUUGCAACAAUUGUUUGUCUUAGCCGAUUGUCUAUAAACAUAAGUGCCCGGGAAAUAAAGUGCCGCCACAGUAUUAUUUCUGUCUCUGUCUGUCUAAAUACAAGGAAUGAGAUAGAUAUAUUUCACACGGUUGUAUUAUAUGAGUGGCCCUUAUGUGUUUGGACAAUUAUAUAAUCGUUUUGCAUUUUAUUAUUAAACCUUUUCAGCAUUUUUUGCAAAUUUACUAUAAUUAACUGUUACAUAGACAUAUUCAUUGAUUUCGAUUGAUUUAACUUGUUUAGUGUUUGUUUGUAGUGAUACAAUUAAAUGUAUUCAUUGGA